UCAAACAGAUGAUUUAAGGAAUAUAACACAAAUUAUUUUACAUGCAUAUCCAGAUAAUACAAAUGUAUUUAUUAUAAAAGAAUUUAUAUCUCUUUGGAUGGUGGAAAACUAUUAUUAUCCUAUGUUGUACGUGACACGAAACUAUUCGACUAACAAGACAGUAUUCGAAUAUCGCUAUUUUACUGACAAGGACACAAAACAUCUUCAAACAUUUGUGACAUAUACAUCAAAAUCAAAGCUGAACUUUGAAGAGAUUUUUGUCAAUAAAUCCUUUUGGAUAUUACCGCAAAGAUCGAUAGUAAUAACGGAAGAAUUUGAUGAAAAUGAUUGGAUUAUAGUCAAUUUACAACAAAUAGGAUAUUAUCGUGUUAAUUAUGAUACUGAUAAUUGGCUUAAACUUGCGCAGUACAUGAAUUCUACGAAAUAUAUCGACAUACAUGUUCUCAAUCGAGCGCAAAUCAUAGAUGAUGCGUUUCACUUGUUCAUACGUUAUCAACUUAAUUAUGCUACGUUUUGGGAAAUUACCGCAUUUUAG